AUGUGUUACAUUGUUUAGAUUUAUUAAUUAUCUGUUUCACAUUGAGAAAUGAUGAUUUUGUCACAUCAUUGAACUAAAUCAAUAAAUUGUAACAUUGACCAAUUUUAGUCAAUGUUGUGUACAAAAGGCAAUUGAGAUGAGAGGUUUGCUUAGUAGUGUUUAUACCAGCUCAACUGAUUUAUCAAUAAUAUUAUUUUCAAGUUUUAAAUCGUUAUCUCUUUUAUUAUAUUUCAGCUAAUUAAAAUUUAACAAUGGUGAGUUUAUAUUUAGCUCUAGUUUGACCUGUUCUGACCUGUACCAAGUUGUAUCUCAAGUGCGUUAAGCAUCCGUAAAAACUUUGUUUGUUUUUGUUCUUCUUUGAGGUACAUUAAAGGUCCAUCACAAUUAGAUACCAUAUACUUGAAGUUGACCAUAGAUACAAGAGCUUUAAGGAAUAUCGAAAAAGAUUGAAAACUGUUUCCCACUGAUCAAACCAAAUGGAUGUUUCUUCAACAAUGUUAUUCAAUAACAGCAUUUUCUUCAAGUUUUUAAUUCUAUCAACUCUAGUCUGUUUAUCUUUAUGCAGCCUCAAAGAAACUGACUGCAAUUGUAAGGUGAAUUCUGGUGGAGAUAAUCUCAAAAUCGUCAAUGGAACCCAAUAUGUGACCAACAAAUACCCUUGGUUAGUGUCUUUACAAGUUGAAAGGUCAAAUGGAAAAUACGUCCAUACUUGUGGCGGAUCAUUGAUUAAUGAGCAAUGGAUUGUAACAGCCGCUCAUUGUGGCUACAUGAAUCUAACCCGCUUGUCUGUAUCAGUUGGUGCUCAUAAUAUAACAAAUUCUGGUAAACACUAUAAAGUGGCUCAAUUCAUUAAACAUCCUGGCUAUACUACAACUCCUAUUGUUCGUAAUGAUAUAGCAUUGAUUCAGUUAGCCGAACCGAUCGACAGGUUCAACAAAGAAGCUAAACCAGCCUGUCUAACAUCUCGUAACAUUUAUUUUACGUCAAAUGAAUUGUUUGUCGCUGGUUGGGGAGUGACUGAUGAAAAAGAACACAAAUCAACUGAGGUUCCUUUGGAAGUACGGAUGGACCAUGUUAACUAUCUGAGAUGUUCACUUUCAUGGAUCGGUUUAUUAUCAUACCAAUCUCAUAUUUGUGCUCAAGCUUCUCAGUCAAGUCCAUGUUUUGGUGACUCAGGAGGACCUUUAAUGGUUGUUAAUGGGCCAGGAACAAUGUAUUUAGUCGGUGUUGUGUCGUUUGGUAGCUCAUGUGCAGGCUCUUCUCCAACCGUAUUUACCAGAGUUACUUCUUAUCUCGACUGGAUUGAUCAGACUACCAAGAGUUACUGCCGCAUCGAUAACCAAGAUGUCAAUUCACUGCCGAGAUCUGAAAUUGAAGCCUGAACCAGCCAUAGAUAUUGUUUUUAG